AUGGGCUCUAUCGGCGAUUACACCACAGCAAAGGUUCAACCUCAUGAACCUUACGAGGUCAUUGACCAACCGAGUCGCUCGCGUCGCAAGAUCCGCAUUAUUGUGAUCGGAGCGGGAGCAAGCGCAUUGAAUUUUGCGCACGAUAUUGACCAGAGCACAUUGGACCUCGAGUUGGUUCUGUAUGAGAAAAACCCCGAGAUUGGUGGCACUUGGUUUGAGAACCGGUACCCCGGAUGCGGAUGUGACAUCCCCUCGGUGAAUUAUCAAUUCUCAUGGGCGCCUUCUCCCGACUGGACCUCCUUUUACUCGGCCGCCCCGGAGAUCUUGAAGUACUUUAAGCGAGUUGCAGACGAGCACGAUUUGCACAAAUAUAUUCGCCUCAGCCACCGGGUCAUAGGGGCCUCAUGGAAUGAAUAUGACGAACAGUGGCAUGUGAAGGUGCAAAGAGGUGACAAUCCCGAAGAUGUCUUUGAGGAUCGAGCUCACAUCCUAGUCAACGCGUCCGGAGUCUUGAACAAGUGGAAAUGGCCUGCCAUCCAAGGGCGAGAAACCUUCCAGGGUCCGAUGCUUCAUAGUGCGCAUUGGAAUGACCAAGUCGAGUUGAAAGGGAAGCGCGUGGCAGUGAUCGGCUCAGGAUCUUCGGCGGUGCAAAUUGUUCCAUCCAUCCAGCCAACGGUGUCGUCCCUGAAAUGCUUUAUCCGCAGCGCAUCUUGGGUGACCGCAGGAUUUGGCCAGCGGUUCGCAGGAAAGGGAGGGGCAAACUUCCAAUAUACUCCAAAGCAGAAGAAGAUACUACAAAAUGACCCUCAGAAAUAUCUGGCUUAUCGUAAGAAGAUCGAAUCGGAGCUCAAUUCUCGUUUCCGAUUCAUCCUCAAUGGCUCGGAGGAGCAGGCCAACGCAAGAGCGCUCGCCAGUCGGCCUGAUAUUGCUGACCACAUCGUGCCCAAGGACUUUGCCGUGGGUUGUCGUCGGCCUACCCCCGGAAAUGGAUACCUCGAGGCACUCUGCAGCGACAAUACCGAGGUCGUUUCGCAGUCAAUCGCAGAGAUCACCCCCAAGGGUAUCAAGACCACCGACGGUGUUGAGCAUGAAGUUGACGUGAUUGUGUGUGCCACUGGAUUUGACGUCAGCUGGCGGCCAUCGUAUCCUACAAUUGGCAGGGAAUCCCGCAGUCUCAGUGAGCAGUGGAAGGAGAUUCCGAGGACCUACCUUUCCAUCACCGUCCCCAACUUCCCCAAUUAUCUCAUCUUCAAUGGCCCUUUCGGCCCGUAUGGUCACGGAAGCUUUCUCCCGAUUACAGAAACCUUGUCGCGUCACUUCCUCCAAAUUCUCGAGAAAAUGUCGUCGGAGGGUAUCACCUCCUUUGAACCCAAAGCCGAGGCAGUCGCGGAAUUCUUCGAGCAUCAUAGAAAAUUUAUGCCCCGCACAGCGUGGACAUCCCCAUGUCGUUCUUGGUUCAAGCAGGGUACCGUGGAUGGCGAGGUCAUGAUGUGGCCGGGCUCCAGAAUCCAUUUUUUCGAAACCAUGAAACAACCCCGGUGGGAAGAUUACCAUCUUCGAUACACGACAAACAAUCGAUUCGGAUACCUAGGGAAUGGGUUUGCCGCCCGCGAGUUUGAUGGAAGUGAUCUGUCUUGGUACCUCGGGACUUUAGAAGGUAACGAACAGGCCUACCUUCCGGAUGAGGAUUUUGCAGAUUUCAUGGUGUACUAG